AAAAGUUGUCGAGCAUGGGCAGUCUCCAGCGACGGAAACGCCCAAUAUGGUGAGCCCGUAACGGAGCUUUGACGGUUUGGUUUCAUCGACGCUAGCGCAACGGCGCCCUGGCGCCGUAACAUCGUCGGAGACAGAGCCUCGCAGCCGGCCGCCGUCGCCCUGGGCCGUGUCCCUAACGUCGCCGCCCAUGGCCACCACCUGCGACGACGUCGAUUUCGGCCUCCUCGGCGACGAGGACGACGCCCACCACCCCCCUCAAACCCACCCAGACCCCCCUCACCCAUCGCUGCCUCCGCCGCAGGGCUUCUACCUCCCGCAGAAAUCCCCCGUCUCCCCCGUCUUCGCCGAAGACUCCGCCAGCCACUUCUCGCACGACCUCAAGAACAACCAGGCGGCGGCCAAGCGCAGGGGCUGCGGCGUGGUGGUGGAGGAACCGGGCGUUGUCGGCAAGUACCGCUCCCCUUACCUCAACAGCAGCGGCAAGAAGGGGCGAGGCGGCGGCGAGGGCGCGGCGCACAACCGGAAGGACGGUAGGGAGGAGUGGAGCGACGGGGCCAUCUGCACCCUCCUGAACGCGUACACGGAGCGGUUCGAGCAGCUGCAGCGCGGGACCUUCCGGGGCCGGGACUGGGAGGACGUGGCCGCCGCCGUGGCCAGCCAGCAUCCCGCCCGGGACGGCGGCGGCAAGAGCGUAGAUCAGUGCAAGAACAAGAUGGACAACCUCAAGAAGCGGUACAAGGUAGAGUGUCAGCGGAUUGACGGCGGUACCAGCAAGUGGCCAUGGUUCAAGAAAAUGGAGGUCAUAGUUGGCGGUGCGACCUCCAUUGCCUCCCCCAAGCCCGCCGCCGCCACCGCUGAUGAUGUCAAACCGAGGGACCAGCAGCAACAGAACAAGAGUUGUACACCUUCCAGUGCUAGCCUGCUUAGUAUCGGUGUCGGCUCCAGAUUGACACCUCUCUCGAAUCCGAGAUGGAAGAGGGCGCUCUUGAAGAUUGGGGGCAGUGUAUUAGCGGGAGCGGCUUCUGAAAAUGUUGACCCAAAGGUGAUUAUGUUAAUUGCUAGAGAAGUUCAGGUGGCAAGCCUUCAUGGAGUUCAGGUAGCAAUUGUUGUGGGGAGUCGAAAUAUAUACUGUGGUGACACUUGGGCUGCUGAAACAGGCAUUGAAAGGGCUGCAACAUGUCCAAUAGGGAUGAUGGCAUCAGUGUUGAAUGCGGUGUUGCUACAAGCAUCGCUUGAAAAGAUCGGCAUCGAGACACGAGUCCAGACAACAUUGGUGGUGCAAGAUGCUACGGAACCAUACAUAAGACGACGAGCUAUACGCCAUCUUGAAAAAGGGAGGGUUGUUAUCUUCGGAGGGAUUGGUGCUGCGAUGGGAAAUCCACUUUUCACAACAGAUACAGCAGCUGCCUUGAGAGCUUCUGAAAUCAAUGCAGAUGUACUCCUUAAAGGUAUUACUGGAGAUACCGUAAAUGGUUGCACUCCUGAAAGCAAUGGCGAUGCAGAAUUUGAACACAUUUCAUACAGGGAGUUAGUGGCAAGAGGAUUCAGCAAAAUGGAUGUAAUAGCAAUUACCUUUUGUGAGGAGAACAACAUUCCUGUUGUCCUUUUUAACAUGAUGGAGCCUGGUAACAUAUCUAGAGCAUUGUGUGGAUAUCAGGUAGGAACUUUGGUUGACCAGACGGGAAGGAUCAGUUGACUUAAUGCAAGAAAGCUGUGCUAGAGCAUCGAAGCUUUGGCGAUCAUCACAUAACUUGUGGGUUCUAAUUCUCUAAUUGAAAUGUUUUGCAUUUUGCGUUGGGGGGCAAAUUUUGUGAAUGGCGAAAGUACUUGUCUCGUGGAUUCCAUGUAUAGCCUCGUUUGUAAAUUAAGUAGAAGCUGUGGUAUGAAAUAGUCAAUGGAUGCUCAACUCAGGAAGUAGUGAUGAACCGUGCUGUUUACUGUUUCUUAACUGGAAUUUCUACUGCGAGAUCAAUUCCUCUGGUUCUUCUGCA